AUGUCCGCGCCCGGCGUGGCUCUGCCCGCCGCGCCCGCGCCGCCGCACGCCGUCUCGUCUGCGCCGCUGCUGGCCUCGGGCGCCGUGGGCGACGCCGUCUCGCGGCCCGACUUUCUCGCGCUGGUGCUCGACCUCAACCUGCUUGCCUGGGCCGGCGCCGGCGACGAGGCGCGCAAUGGUGGCGAGCCGGCAGACGCCGCCGAGGGCGUCGGGCGCCGCUCGCAGCAGGGCCUCGCGCUGCUCAAGGACGCCAUCGACGCCGUGCAGGUCUUCGUCAAUGCACACGGCGCAAUGCAGCACGGCAAUGGGCUGGCCGUGUGGGCCGCCGGCCUCGGAGACUGCUCGCUGCUCUUCUCGUCUCUGACCGCAAGCGCGAGUGCCAGCCUCACUGGAGGUGCGAGUGCAGCCCGGCCGGCGGCGCGUGGUGACUCGAGCACGUACGCGCACUUUCUGGAGCAGGAUGAGGCCAUCGUCAAGGGGGUGCAGGAGAGCAUCGCGCGCUUCACCAGCGAGUUCCAGAAGGCCGGAGGCGUCACGACGGCUCCCACAGGCGUCGUCUCCGCCGUCGCGCAGGCCCUUUGCCACACCAAUCGCCUGGCACCCGUCCACGAUCCCGUCGCGGUCGAUGUGAACCGCUCGGCCACCGCGCCAUCGAUCGCCGUGCCCAAGCCGGGCGCUGGCGGCGCCACUGAUCCGCGGGUGCGCAUCCUCGUGCUCAGCGUCAGCAGCGACGCGAGCGCGCAGUACGUGCCCAUGAUGAACAGCAUCUUCGCUGCGCAGAAGAAGGGCGUGACGAUCGACGUGCUCAAGAUCUUGGGCGCGGACUCGGUUUUUCUGCAGCAGGCCAGCCACCUGACGUCCGGCACCUACUUCCGCCUCCGCGAUCCGCGCGGUCUGCUGCAGACCCUGCUGACCAUGUACCUGCCGUCGCCGUCGACGCGCCCGUUUAUGAACCUGCCGAACCAAGACGAGGUGGACUUCCGCGCGGCGUGCUUCUGUCACCGGCGCAUCGUCGACGUCGGAUAUGUCUGCUCGGUGUGCCUGAGUAUCUUCUGCUCGCCGAGGCCUUCGUGCUUCACGUGCGAGACCAGCUUUCCCGCCGACACUCUUGCGCGCUUCCGCAAGCAGCGCGCCGCGAUGGGCGCUGCAGAGCAGGAGGCAGAUGACAACGCGGUGUCUCCUCAAGCAGGCAAUGGCGAGACGUAG